UUGAAGGUAAGAUUAAGAUAAAGGCCAGCCAGAAUUUGCUCCCACAAGUAACUUCAACUUAGGACAUAGUAAUCUCAAGGAUGACUGUUGUGUAACGCUUGUUUAUCCUGAGUCAAACAUUUUGAGUUCUCAUCGGAGACUUCUCGUUUUUGACCUCUAACUGGCUUCAUACACCCACCCACCCGGUCAUGAGCUCAAUUCCGAACGCGUCCGUCAAGCCACAAGAGACGGUCCUAGAGUUCUUGAGUGAAGAGGAAGUGCUUGCCGCUGGCCAGUCUUCCCCAUUGAACUCAGUUCCCUCGUCAACUGAGAGCGCCCGGGCCAACUCAGCUGCGGGAAUGAGCCUGCCGGUCAAUCUCAAUGUGGCCUCGCCCAUGGUCAGAGAGUGGAUGAGCAAGCGGCGAGAGGAGAUCCGCCCUUGGGGUUUAUUUGCCAGGACAUCACACUUCCAGACCCCCGCUUCUUUACCCAAACUCAGCAAAAGAGUGUACAAGAACGUUGAUUACUUCUUGUCAAACUAUGUCUUGGUGUUUCUGGUGUUGUUCAUCUAUUGUCUGGUGACGUCGCCCAUGCUUUUGGUUGUCCUGGCUCUCUCCGGCGGAGCAAGCUACUAUCUCACACUCAAACAGAAGGAACGAAAAUUGGUUUUGGGCGGGCGUGAGGUCUCCUUGGCACAGCAAUAUGGAUUGGUGGGACUGUGUGCCAUUCCACUGUUCCUUUUAGCUGGAGCAGGAUCGGCCGUGUUCUGGGUGAUUGGAGCUUCGAUGGUUUUCAUUGGAGUACACGCCUCGUUCUACAACUACGAGGCUUUGGAUAUUGCCGAGGACCAAGAGCCGCUCACAGGAGAGAUCGUGGAGGAGGUCUAACCAAAGCUGCUCUCAGGAUGUCAGCAAGUGUGCGGCUUGGAUUAAUCAAAUGUGCAAAAAGAGCUCGAUAAUCUCAUCAACAAAUAAUAUAUAGAUACUGUAAUAUUUUAGGUUUUCAUUAUAUUGUGUUUUCUUCGUGAUACCUUAUCAGAUUUGCAACGACAAUAAAUCAGUGAUCCGUGAAA